GAGUUUUAGGAAUAGGCGGGGAUAUUAAAAGUUCGCGAUGCAAGGAGUUAAUCUGCACUGUCCGUUAGUUGUCAAAUAAACAUGUCACUCAUUAGAAUGGAAUCACAAAAUAUAGAAAAAAAUGUUCCGAGUACAAAUUCUAGCGGUGAUAGUCCGACGACACUUAUCUAUGGUUUACCAUCUCUUUUCACAUCUGAGAUUUUAUAUGACGGACCCAAACGAUGUAUACUCAAGACAAAUGUGGAUAAUAUAUCUUCCAGCGGCACUUCAAAUAAUAUGAAUGGAGGCCAUGGAACAGAUACAGAUUACACAGGAUUAUGCCAUAAAGAGUGUUUUUCUGUCACUCAUAUUCGUGAAUUAACAGACAGCACAAUAAAGGAAAAUGUGGCUAGCUCUCAAAACAACGAAGCAAGAGGAUCUUGUGAUUCGGUGACAUGUUUUUCAGAACACGAGUUGUCCGACAUUCCUUUGAGUUCCAAUGACGAAAACAGAGUGAAUUUUGAUGUAUCGGAUAUCUCGAAACAGUUGGUUCUAUUGUCCCCUUUUUCUGGAAAAAAGUUCGCGACUGUCCGUUCAGAAAGCAAUUAUGUCCCAAUGACGUCUAGUUUUCUAACGGAAAAGGAUAGUGUUUGUGUUCGGUCCUCGGAUGUGAUGCAGCAAAGUACGUUACAGCCAAAACAUAUCACUGUAACAAUGCCUACUGUAGAAGAUGGUCUCUCAAGUGGCAGUGACUCAGGUAGCCCGUGUCUUAUUUCAAGAUCUCACGUGAAAGACUGUUCAUUCGAUAUGCGCUCGUUUUCUGGUAGCCCUGAUUCAGUCACAGACAUUUACUGUGGGAGACCUACCAUUAAUUCAAGUUCUGGGAGUCUCGAUGGAGAGCAUUUGCUAAACCCUGCCAUAGUGCGAGAUAUUUCAAACGAUAUCAUGGAUAUUAAAAGGACUUUGAAUGCUUCUGAUCACUCAAAAACAUACAUUCCUACAUGUGAACAAAAUGUUGUAAAUACCGUAAAUACGAGCAAAUCAAAAGAACAAAAUAUCAAUCCAAAAUCUCCUGACAGAGUAAAUGGCUGUCAUUGUACUGAGAUGAAAACCGGACUCAUACCUUCAGAUGUAUCUUAUGCUAAUAAAAUCUCUUCCUCUAGCCGUAAUUGGGAUAUGUUUAAUGACCACGAUAAAGAGAAAAAUACUGUUCCGGCUGUUGUAGAAUAUACGGAUGAAGGUACAUUUGACCAAGCUUCUUGUAAUGCUACUGAUAUUAAAAAUAAUAUUCUGGAAUCACCUACUGAUUUAUAUUCACACAAACAAAUGCAUCAUUGGACAUUCCCUGCACAAGUACAUACUGUCUAUAGUUCAAGUGAUGAUGAAACUUCCCAUAGAAGUAAUGCUAGUAAAUCUAUUUCUAAUAAAUCUGAAAUUAAAUCUCGAAAUAAUUCAGAUAAAGGACAAAAUACGAAAUGUUCAUCACCAUUAUCAUUUUCAUCGUUUGAUAAUUCAAAACAAAAAAGUCAGUAUAAAGCAUCAACCAAUUCAAGUCAUCCAGGUACGAUAGAAAAUAAAUUAAAUUCGAAGAGUGCAGCUCAUACUAAUGUUAAUUCUGAUGAAGUUUAUAAGUCACCCAUUUCACGACAGUCCGAUCGUCGAGACGGGGAUUUCGACAGCGAUGAGGAUACAGCUCAACUAUUAGAUAAACAGUAUCAAGCUGAUAAACAAGUUUAUAUUCCAGAAUUGAAAGAUAAGUCUUGCAUAGAGGCUGAUCGUCAACGUAGAGUUCGAGAAGUCUCUGUUCGACAUCCUGAACAACCAGAUGUUCUCAUACAUGGAUUAUUGUUUCGAGCUCAGUAUAUGGGAAGUACUCAGAUUUUAUGUAAUAAACAAUCAACACGAAUGUCUCGUAUGCUUCAAGCUCAAGAAGUAGUGAAUCGUAUCAAGGGUGCUCCAGAUGACGAAUCACAUCCUAGCGUAACAGUUGAAUUGUUUGUCUCAACAGAACGUAUUAUGAUAUUAAACAGUAAUCUUGAAGAUAUUUUGAUUGAUCAUAAAUUACGUGCAGUUUCAUAUAUUGCUGAUAUUGGCGAUUUAUUUGUUCUAAUGUCACGUCGAUUAGAUCCUUCAACACAAUCAGAUGAGUCUGAAAAUUAUUUUACGUCUAAUUAUCAGAAUAAUGAACCGAAAGAAAAUUCAAAUUAUAACGCUGAUAAUAAUAAUACUGAGCAACAACACUCAGUAGUACCACCGAAUUCAAAUAUUUCCAGCGUUACAAAAUCAACAAUGAUAGAAAAAUUAAAAAAGCCAAUGAAAAUGAUUUGUCAUGUGUUAGAAUCAACAGAAGCUCAAUUAAUUGCUCAAACAGUUGGACACGCAUUUCAACUUGCUUACUUAGAUUUUCUACGAGAAAAUGGUAUUGAAGAUUUAGGCAUUAUAAAACAAUUAGAUUAUGAUGAUAUUUUAAAACAACAAGAAAUAUUCUGUGAUGAACUUUCUUUAUUUUGUGAUAAAGAUAAUCAUAAAGAGGUUACUAUACCUAAACAAAAAGGUGAAUCAUUAGGUGUCGUAAUUGUAGAAUCUGGUUGGGGCAGUCUACUACCAACUGCUUUAUUAGCUAAUAUGCAUCCAACUGGUCCAGCUGCACGAUGUGGACAACUGAAUAUCGGAAAUCAAAUUGUCGCUGUUAAUGGGCAAAGUUUAGUUGGCCUGCCACUUUUAACAUGUCAACAAAUAAUUAAGAAUUGUCGGCAAUCUACAAUCGUAAAAUUAAUGAUAAUCAGUUGUCCACCUGUUGUUGAAGUACUUAUUCGUCGUCCUAGUUUAAAUUAUCAACUUGGUUUCAGUGUACAAGAUGGUGUAAUUUGUAGCCUACUUCGUGGUGGUAUUGCUGAACGUGGUGGAAUUCGUGUAGAUCAUAGAAUUAUUGAAAUUAAUGGUGAAAGUGUAGUUGCUGUAUCACAUGAAAAAAUUGUACAACUUCUGGCUACUUCAGUUGGUGAAAUACAUAUUCGAACAAUGCCUACCUCAGUCUUCCGACUAUUGACAGGACAAAUUAUUCCUCGGUAUAUAUGAUAAAGAGAAUUUACUUGGUUGUGUAUAUUAUACAUUUAAUCUCUUAUUUGUUGUAUCUGGAGCAUUUAUUUCUGUGAGUAUUGACAAUGUUUAUCAACCGAUGAAAUGAUCUGAUUCACAAUAUAUACAAUAAUAAUCUCAUAGGAAUUUGCAACUUGUACGUACAUAUAUUGUGGGAAAUCCCAAUGAUUUCACUUCUCUUUGAACUAGGUUUUAUUUACAUAUAUAGUCAGAUGUCUUUAUAUAUAUGGUUUUGAAAAAACGCCUCCAUUAUAAAUAAACUAAUGAUGAUGGUCAUCUUAUUUUAUCUCGUAUUUUUUGUGUUCUGUUUACUUAUUUCUUUAAAACAUUGGGAUAAUAUUACUUAUUUUAAUAUGUAAUCACACGUUAACAGGAUUGAAUAUUCGCACAGAUAAUCUAUUGUACUCAUAUAUAUAUUCGCUCCUAUUUUUCCGAUCCAUAACACAUCUGCCCAUAUACAUAAUAACAUCGUUGUCAAUUUUAAUUGAUCCACGAUAUUAUUUCCAUUUUUUUUCAGGUUUAUUUUUCUCCCAGAAUAAUUAUGCAUUUCUAUUUAUUAUUCUUUGUAUUAAUACUAAUUUUUCUUGAUUGUUUUUUUUUUAAAAAAAAUUAAUAUUGUGUUGUCUGCUUGCCUUGAAAAUUAUUUAUCAUUUACUGAAAGUUUUAUUCACUUUCAUCUUUAUUAAAACAAUCUCUUUCUUAUAUUUGAUUUAUUAUACAGUAUUGAAUUGGUAGUAGUUUUUACUAACGGGAAAUAAGAUUGUCUGUUUACUGUUGUUGUUCUCUCUCUCUCUCACACACACACACUUUCUCAGAGUUUAUUUACUUAAUAUCAAAAUUAUGAUUGUUAUUUCUGUAAUUGUCGUAUAGGAAAAAAAGUCCUCUUCCCUAUUCAUCAAUACAAACUGAACUUAAUAACAAGAUAAUUAUUUUAAAAACAUAUUGGGAAUCAAUUAAAUUAUCAUUUAGCUGGAUUAAAGCUAUUCAUUGAGUCUGAAAGUUGAUUUUAAAAAACGUAUAGAUACCUGAAUAAAUUACAUCUAUAUUAAUUAACAAUAACAAAUUAGGUUAUGUUAAAUGUUAUAGAUUAAGAGCAUAAUAUGGUAUUAUAGUUAUUUAUUAAUUGAAUUAAUGUAGACCAGUAUAAGGAAACAUCGAUAAGCUGAUUUUAAAAAACAUAAUUGAAAAGUCAUUCCUAUCAUAUUAAUCUGUGAAGUAGUCAUUUAUAUCAUAAUCUCUUACAAAUGUACACCUAUGCAUUCAAAAUUGUAUUGGUUUCUCGAUUCAAGCUAUUGUAAACUCAGCUACAAGAUGUCUCAUGUAUUAAAACAAACGGUAUUUAGUUAGAGUUUGAAUAUGCACGUGUUAAUACUAGGAUUUAGGUACGUCCAACUGACAGGCUUUACAUAGGACAAAACGCGUAUUCUGGAUUUAGCUGCUAGCCAAAAUCCAACUUUAUAAAAUUCCAAACUGAGGCGAAUCUGCUCAAGAUGGGUGGAUUACAAUAAUAAUUGAUCGAAUUCGUUCCUUAAUUUCAACGUGAAAAAAGAAACCACAUGCAUAAAUUAUCAAUUAACUUGAUCUUAUUUUGAAAGAACUUAUAUUCAGUGAUGUAGCUGACAGUUUCUUCAUUCAAGAGAAGUGUUUAUGUAGUUUCAUCAAUAACAGGAAAUGUGCCUAAGAUAUUUUCGGCAUCAUGCUCACUGUGAAACUUGAAGCUUAAACUUCCUGAUUUAAAGAAAUCUCCAACUAUUAGGAGAAAAUUGGCACAUUUAAGAACAAAGCUAAAGCCAUACAAUCACGUUCAGAAAAGUUAAAAUUUAAACAAGAAUCUGUGAAUGAAUGGAGGUUGAUAAGAAACAGUCAUUAGAAAUCAAAAGUCAAAGUGAUUGUCUUAUGAGAUAGCAAUUCUUCAAAUCAUGGUGUUAUGUGAUCUAAAGAAGUCUAAUAGACAAUAUAUCCUAUUGUUGAACCUAUUCAUACAUUUUAUCUUACUACUUUCUUUAUCAUUAUUUUAUAUUCCUUACAAGCGGAUAUAUAAUGAGUAAUAUUUUUACAAAAUAUAUGAAUACUUGAUACAU